AUGUCCACAGAGGAGAAGCUCGCUAUACAAGCGGUCUUGGCUGACAUCGACAACAACCCAAAGCAAAGCAAUACUUGCAUCCAGCGCUGGGAACGACUACAAAAGAUUCAUCGGAAUCUUCCACGCAGAGUUCGGCAUGUCUUGCGUGACUUUCACGCCCUUCUGUGGUUAUUACAGAAAGUCUUGCUGGACCCAAAUAAUGUUCGAGCGAAGGAGACUGACAAGUCCAAGCUCGACAUGCAACGACUCUUCUCCCAGGGUAGCAGAACUUUUGCACCAGAUUUCCUGGCCUACAUCCAUGACAACUCUGAUGUAGUCUCGAACGUCUCUGAGAACGAGCAUAUCAGGGAUGGUACUCCUGCGCGAAGCCCUCCCAGAAAGCGCAAAGCGACUCAGGAUCUCAUCGAAGACGAUGACCCACUUUCGCCUAAGAUCGCCAGAGUACAGGGGAAUGUAACGCCAGUUAAUCUUUGCGAGAACGGUCACGGUGAGCCAUGUAAUUCGACCGGAUGUCUCGCAAAAAUAAUGCUCAACAAUUUUGCGACUCCGACCCAGUCCACCAUAGCAAACGCUGACUGCCAGCCAGCUGACGAACACGAUGACGACCGAGCUCUGCGGGAAGCCUUCGAAGAGAUCGCCUCAUUGGUCGCAGGAAUCCAUUCCCACGCAUUUGUCAACCAGCAAGGAAGCAGAAUGGCUCAAUUGACAACGAAACCCAGUCCUGAGCUUGAGAAGCUAUAUCGACAUGCUUUCGGGGCGAAGCUAUGGAAACCUGUCGCCAUCAAACUUCAGGCAUCUAACAAUCUCGUUGCGAGUGAGUUUCUGCAGUGCAUAGUGUGGUCCUUUCUCAUCUUGAACGUGUUUCUGCCAAAGGAGUUGAAACCAGACGUGAGCGAUGUGUUGAGGAUGCAUAAUAUCGCCACUUUCUUCGUCUCGGCUAUCGAGGAAGAGGGAGCCGACAGCGAAGCUAUCCUACGUGAGGCAGCGAGGAGAAGAUCAAGAGAUCCCAGAUUCCAUGAGACUGAGAUAGAUCCCGAGGCGAGUGUUCUGGCACGCGACUUCAUGCUCUUGUUGAAUGCGCAUCUUCCACAGCCAAUGGCCAAGCACGCAGACAGAUCGCUGACGCGGUUGAUGAGGGAAAUCUGCAGAGCUUCUCUGAUAAUCCAGGCAAAGUUCGACGCCGCGCGGCUGAGAUAUAAUGUGAAGUGGUACAGCAAAGGCGCAAGGUAUCCCGCUGCUGAAGGUGACAUGGAGCGUCUUCCAGAUCAGCAAGGAGAGGUGGUAGCAUUCRCAAUUACGCCUGGUUUGGAGAGAGGGACAACGGAUGGGGAUGACUUGACGGUUGUGGUUCUUCGCCCGGAGACGGUGAGAGUCACGGAUUCCUGA